AACUGUUGCAAUUGUUGUUCAAAUAUAAACAAACGACAUGCGAGUGCUUAGGCUAGCCGGCUAACGGUAUAGGUGGUGUAUACAUGACGAUUGCUGUCUGAUGAUACAGUACCAGGCCAUAGGUGUGGAAACCGGUUGUCGCCUAGUCGUCUCCUAACAUCCACUGGGCACGCCAUCCGUUCGGGGAAUAGAAUUCUUCCAAAAUAAAAGCGAAAAAUAUUAUAAUCGCUAGAAAAACUAAAGAAAAAUGCAUAAAUGCUAUUGCGGUGCCAUGAGAUCGGGGAAUGCGCAGCAUCAGCAACAUUUCCCGCAAGACCAUCAUACGCAGCAUCACCUACGUGGCGAUCUCAGGUCGGUGACCUCAUCCUCCAGACAAAGCCUGCGACCCACCCAGUUCAUAAAGCGACCCAGCAUCAAAGCCCAGCCCAAACUCGGCCUAGGACACUCCAGCACCGAGUUGGCUAAUGACUUUAGUCGCCGGAACUCCAGCGCCACCGCCACCUCCACCUCGGUGAGUCACUGCUCCAGCUGCAGCUGCAGCUCCUCCCAGCAGCGGCAGCGGAGCAGGGCCAAGGUUUUGCGCUGGGGCUGGGAACGAACAGGAGGUGUUGACACCGCCAACAAAGGUGCCGGUUACAACGCCAACCACUAUGAAAAGUACACGGACAAUCGGCGGCUUUAUGAGCAGAGCGCAUGCGUCGCCAGUCGCCAGAGGAGCCAAGGUCAGGGUCAGGUUCACAGCGGCGACUCAUCGCCAUCACCACGCCCAGUUCAGUGGCCCGGCCAGCAGUCCGCGGAUGAACUGCAGCAACUGCAGGCCCUGCAGCACUUCCGCCUGAUGAAUGCCAGCGAAUGCUUCAGUGAUGGCCGUCAGGAUGAGCUGCGUCUGCAGCAGGCCUACGAUAAACUAAGUGUGAGCAGCCAGGACAAGUGGAACAAGGAUCGGGCCAAUGAGAGCAGGCAGCAGGCGAUCAGCGGGAGCAGCAGCACCACUCCCUAUGCCCUGAGGCAGAAAUUGCUCCAGCUGAGGCUGCAGGCGGAGGAGAGGCUGGGCAGGGGCACGGGCGCCAGGUGCGCGCCUUUGGGAAAGAGCUGUGCCUUGAGAUACAAUUGAUAUAAACAUGUAUAAAUUAGUGCAUUAUAAUAUUACA